UGCAGUGCAUAAAUAAUAUACAUAAAAUUUAAACAAAUAAAGGCUGUUAAAAGAUCGUAAACUCGAGAUCCAGCAAGUGCCGAAAUCAGUGCUAAAGUGAAAUUUCUUUGUACAAGCAAACAAAACCGUUAAUUGCCAACGCCAUUCUUUUAAAGCCCACUUUUGUAAAGUGUGUUCGUGUGUGUGGUUGUAUAUUUUAAGUGCCUAUGUUAUUUAUUUCUGUUGUUUAUAGUUUUUUAUAGCAUAUUCAUAUGUUAGUCUGUAUACUUUAUGGACUGACAUUCUUAUCCAUUAUAAUGAUGAACUAAGCCGUUGAGCUUACUUUAAUUGGUUUAACUAGCAUCGGGCAUUAUAAUUUUCAUGUUUUAAAGAGAAGGUCUAACAACAAAAAUCCUUUCACUCUAAGGCCCAAAAGAACCCAACAAGUUGAAGACAUUUCCCACUGUGAUAGAGCUGUUAGAUCGUUUAUGAGGUGCAGGCCUCACAAUUCAUUUUAUAAUAAUGAACAAUUAAAGUGGCUUGGCAUUCGUAGGCCCCAAAGAUUCCAUGGCCUGAAGCACAGACACACAAACCAAAAUAAACGGAACCCUUUCACUUUAAAAUCCACAGAACCCCGAAGAUCGAGCGUGCAAAUAAAGCGACGAAAACGAGUUUCGCAAAAGAGCAGAGCAGAGCCGAACCAAGCGGCCAUAUUCCAUAUCGAAUAACCGACCAAUAAAGUGUUACUUGGCUAAAUCCAACUAGCUCCGUUGCAGCGACGCGGUGGCCUAUAUUCAAAAUAGAUCAAAGAUCGUCGGCAGCUGCAUCACAAAGGCUGGAGGAGAUGAGGCGGCGAUGAGGAGAGGACAUCGCCAUGUGAGAAGAGCCAAACUAGUUUCCCAUUUGCGCGCUUAUGCUAAGUAAUAAUAAUAAAUAAGCGCUCAGUCGUUGUUCGCCGUUCGAGAAGUGACCUAAAAAUACUGGUUUCGAGUGCGGUUUGGCGUGAGAAUAGCAACGACUAACUGGCAAUGGCCACAACCGCCGGAUCGCCAGCCGUGGUGGUGAAGCGGCCCGGACCGCCAGUGCCACCCAGGCCCAAAGCAGCCCAAACCCAAUCGGCGGCCAAUGGAGCCCCACCGAUCAUCCAGAAGAAGCCCACCUUCGUGAGCCAACUGAGUGCCGUGGGUCGCACUCUGGUCUACAAAUCUCCGACAGUAAAUCUGGCCAAGAAACAGGCCCAAACGCAGACGCCCACAACGGCGCUAGCAGCUCCUCCUUCUCCGGUUAAGCCCCUUAAGCUCCGUAAGGCCCCCGAUGUGCCAACGGCCAAACCGCGGGAGGCUAUUACCUCAGUGGUCACGGUCAAUCGUCACAACUCGAUAAGCGUGAUCGGGGGUUCCCCGCAAACCACGCCCCGCAAGGACACCCGCUUGAGCCUGGGCAAGGUGGAUUUCGAGCGGGCGGGUCUUCAGCCGGCCAGCCAGCCUCUACCGAGACCCCGCAAGAUAGUCCAACUGCCUGUGGCCACUCUGGAUGUGGAGGAUAUACCAGUGGCAGCCAGCAACCCAUCUACUGGCCUCUUCAGAAGAUCCAAAACUACACUAGAUGGCUGUCAGAAGGAGGCGGCACCAGCUCCACACAAUGGAGGAUUCCUGGCCGGCCGAACUGUGGAGAUCAAGAACAACCUGAAGAACGCCGCAGAGCGACUGUUCUCGGAAAUAAUCAUCAAUCAGGGCCAGAAGCAAGCCGCCACCGAUACCACCAUUAUAACCAAGCACGAGGCCUUGAAGCAGGAGUCCGAUGUCCUGACCAUCCAGGCCACGGGCAAUUGCAUGAGGAUCAAUGUGAGUGGGGGCCAGGGCCAGACCAGCACCAUGAAGAGCUCGAUCAGCGUGGACAACACUCCGCAGAAGAAGCAGGCCUUCCACGAGAUGCUCAUCUCGGAGCUGGCUGCCAUGAGGAACAAGUCCUGUUCCCUGGAGCAGCUGCCCACCAGCAAAUCCCUUUCGCCACCGAUCACAUCCACUCCUAAGAGUGUUCUAUCGCGCCGGCGUUACAACUCCAUCGAUGAUGCCGACACCGAGGACGUGGAUGCGGACAAUGUGGAGGAUGCCGAUGGGGAUGUCGACGAGGAGGAUACACUAACCUAUGCGGUGAAUAAAUCGCUAAAGGAGAACGCCGGCCAGGAGGGCGUGUCCUCGAGGAAGCGCUGUCCAUCGGGCUGCUCCACGGAUUCGUCACCCUACGGCACGGAGCGAUCCCAGCGCAUCCGCACCUCGGAUUGGAUCGAGGUGGGCGACAAUGGCACCGCGGUGACUCUGACCAGCUGCCACAUCAGCCUCGAGGAUUCGGGCAUGGAGGAUGAGGAGCGGCUGGACGACAUGUCCUCGGGAGUGGGCGACAGUUGGGACAGCGUCAAGGAAGCGGAGACCGAGAAGCGUUCUCGCAACGGAAAACGUGCAAAUUCGGCUUGCGAGCUGCCACCGCUGCCAAAAUCGCUGAUUGGCUUCAAUAAACUACUGUGCUCCGAUUCGGGACUCCUGAGUGAUGUGGAGGGAAACACCAACAGCAGCGAGAUCAGCCAAAAACCAAACGAAAGUGUCGUCCAGGACAGCAAUGAGAAUGCCAUCGACAAGUCACUGCCCGCAUCGCCGAACGGAAAUACGGCAAUACCAGCAAUAGCGGCGAAAUCCGAAGUGAAAUCCCCCAGCUUAUCCGCCAAAGGAAACCCCCAAGCAGUCGAAGCAGGCAGCACUCUGGAUGCACAAAUCGCGACGCUGCGGAAGGAAAUGAACGGACUGCGUCAACUAGAUCUCUCGUUGUUGUCACAACUGUGGGUGCUUAACGAAUCGAUCCAGGAGUUCCGCGCCCUGAUCGAGGAUCAGGAGAACGAGGACGAGGACGACGAGGCUGACAAUGGCAACGAGGUGGACGAGGAGGGCAACAGCCGGAUAUCCUCGUCCGUGGAAUCGGUGCGGUACGAAGGCGGUGCGGAUGCCAGGGCGAAGCAUCUGGGAACCAUACCAAAGGUCAUCACGACACAGCCGAAGGUGCUGCGGGAUGCGCUGGCCAGUGGCAAGGAUCAAAAGCCGGUGCCAAGGAUGCGGAGUGCCCCGCCGCCGCCACCACCCGUUGUCCUGCAGUCGGCCUCCGUGGAGCGAAAGCCGCCGGCACCUUCACGGCCCACAUGAUGUUACCUCUCGGACUUCCUCGCCGGAGUCAGGAUGGUCAUGUGCAAGGCGAUCGUGAGCGAUGUGCCCGUGCCCGCCUCAACCACGGCCUCAUCCCUCGGUGGAGGAGGAGGUGGGGUUUCCACCUUUAACCGGGGCGUGGCUAGCUUGUCAAACUCGAAGAGCUGCUUGGGCAAUCAAAGUGGCCUGCUCCAAGCUUAGUUUUAGUUGAUAUAAUCGAUAAAUAGGGUUUACGAGCGAUUUACGAGCGAACUGAUCUAAAUUCUUGGGUGAACUAGCAGUUCGAAUUGCCCUGAAAAAAAUCCUGACACGAAGCCUAAGUUAUCUGCUGCUUACCUCAAUAUAGGAAGACCCAACAUAAUAUAACAUAAUUGGUAGUAAUCGUAAGACUAGCCUCUAUGUUUAAGAGUCCUUUGUGAUCUUCAGUUGUAAGUUUAUUGUAAAUUUUUCUCUUGUGGUUUGGGCUUGAUGGGUUCCCCGAUAACUCUUGUUUUUGUUUAAUAGCCUUACUCCCUAAGCCUAGCUGUCAAAUCAUGCCCUGGAUCGCUCUUGAUCCUGCGGCUAUUUUACACCAUGCAUUUGACCAGUAACAUUUGUAUAUAGCAAUUUUCCUGGCUAGCUGCUGAACAUUUUAUAAACCUAACGAAAAGUAUAAAUAAUAAAAAACAUAAAAAA